AUGUCUGAGCCAGAGUCCUACCUCGCCGUCCUCAGGGCCUCCUACGACUACGAGCCCCAGGCCGAAGACGAAAUAGAGAUCAAGGAGAACCAGCUCCUCUUUCUCCUGGACAAGACUGAUAAUGAGCAUGUCCCGAUCGUCGUAUGGUGGAAGGUCAAGUGCAAGACCGACAAUCCUGACGACGAAGGCCCGGCCGGUCUGGUCCCCGCUGCGUACGUCGAGGAGGCCGAACAUGUCGCAACCGUCAAAGCCCUCUACGACUAUGAAGCAACGUCGGCCGGUGAGCUGACCGUCAAGGAGGACGAAGUGCUGCUUGUGUUUGCGAAGGAGGAGGACUGGUGGCUGGUGCAGAGAAAGAGCGGCGAGGGCGGCGCGGGAUACGUUCCAGCUACAUAUGUCGAGGAGACUACAGAUGACGCCGCCGCUGCUUCUCCUCCCGCCGUCCCCUCGAUAGCCAACAUCGUUGUACCUCCCAUGCCUCCCCGUCCCACCAGCACCUACGUAGACCCCGCUGAUCGCGUAGCCGCGUCAAAGGCAACCGCGGAUGACAUCCAGACCUGGUCCGUCUCAGAGGUCGACAAGAAAGGCAAGAAGAAGAAGGGCACACUCGGCGUCGGUAACGGCGCCGUCUUCUUCGCCAGUGAGUCUGACAAGACCCCUGUACAGAAAUGGCAGACCGCCGCAAUCUCCUCCUCCAAGAUCGACAAGAGCAAGCACAUCCUCAUCGAGAUCUCCGACCCGCCCACGUCCCUCCACUUCCACGCGCACUCCAAAGACGUGGCCGAGGCGAUCGUCGCGAAACUCGAGUCCUCCAAGGCCAUAUCCGCUCCUGCUGCUCCUCCGAGCCCUCCUGCCCCCGCCGAGCGCGUCAGCCCGAAGGUGCACUUUGCCGAGGAGGAGCCGGAGGUUAUUCCCCCGCGCGAGCCCAGCGAGGACGGAUACGAAGAACCGGCGCAGCACGAGGAGCCAGAAGAGGUGGUGGAGGUGGAGGAACCUGCGACGGCUGCGACGCCAGAAGUGGAUGGAGAGGGAGAGAUUGCGGUGGCUUUGUAUGACUUUACGGCUGACGGCGAGGAUGAGCUGUCGGUUGCUGAGGGGGAGCAGCUGGUCGUGCUGGAGAAGGACGGGGACGAGUGGUGGAAGUGCAGAAACGCUCACGGAGGCGAGGGAGUUGUGCCUGCGCAGUACCUCGAGCUCAAAGGUGGAACUGCUGUGGCUGCCCCUGCUGAAGAAGACGAUACCGCUGCAGAGGAAGCCGCGGCGGCCCAAGCGGAGGCUGAACGCCUCGAGCAGGAGCGUAUUGAGCGCGAAAGGGCAGAGAAGGCGGCUCUGGAACGCGAAGCUAAACAGCGCGCGCAGGCUGCCGCCGCCGCUGCCGACGCUGAGCGUAAGCGGAAGGAGAAGGAGAAGGAGAAGGAGCGUGAGCGCAAGGAACGAGAGGCGGAGGAGGAGAGGAAGAAAGUUGCAGCAGAACAGGAGCGCGCUCGGAGAUCACAGGAGGUUGAGCAGCGGCGAACGUCUUCCGAGUCUCCCGCGAGGACGAAAUCAGCGCAAAGGGAUUCCGCUGCGGGUCGGUCAUCGACCGAGAAGCGCGGACCACCUCCAGAGAAGUGUCGUAUCUGGCACGACCGCUCAGGGCAAUUCAGUGUCGAGGCUGCUCUGCUGGCCUACCAGAACGGCAAGCUCCGUCUACACAAGACGAACGGCGUCAUAAUCGAAGUGCCCUCAGAGAAAAUGUCUGCGGAGGAUAUGAAGUAUGUCGAAAAGUUGAUGGGCAAGAAAUCAGGUUCACGACAGUCGUCCACGCCUCUGUCAGAGGAUGACGAGCCCCUCGCUGUACGGCGGCAAUCACUGCAGCCGCCUGCCACUCCGCAGAGGAACCCGCCGCCCAAGAAGGGCCCGACCAUCGACUGGUUCGAGUUCUUCCUGAAUGCGGGGUGCGAUGUCGACGACUGCACGCGCUACGCGCUCUCGUUCGAGCGGGAUAAGAUUGAUGAGGCGAUUCUGCCGGAUAUCACUGAAUCCACGCUGCGCACGCUCGGCAUGCGCGAGGGCGACAUCAUCCGGGUGAAGAAAGCGAUCGCACAGAGACAACCGAAGCCGGCACAGUCGAACGAUGCGGCUAUGCAAGAUCAGCUGCGCAAGGAUGAGGAGCUGGCACGGGCUCUUCAGGCAGAAGAGACCGGUGGGAGCCGUAAAUCAUCCAGCCCUGCUCCCAACUUGUUUGCCUCUGGACCUAAUGGUGCGCUUAAGAACGUCCGCCGCGGGCGCCCGCAGCCCAGCAAGAGCCUGCCUCCAUCGUCUGUGGAUCUUAAUGCCAUAUCUUCAGCAUCUGAUCAGAUCCAGAGGACGGGCACCCCUGGGUCGUCGUCGUCGACUCCUUUGCAGCCUCCAGCGCGGUCCAGCUCUGCAGCCCCAGUAGUGUCAGGAUUUGAUGAUGAUGCGUGGACUAACCGCCCCAGUUCUACUAAGCCGGUCGCGACCGCUACUCCUGCUUCACCUCCUGCACCCCCGGCCCCGCCAGCGCCACCAGCAAGUGAUCCAGUACCCGUUCGUGCGCCGUCUGCUCCAGUCACCAAUAACGCCCAGUCCCAGAAUACCGGAGGUAGUGGAAGCAAUCUCGCGAAGACGACGGAGAGCGACAUAUUUGAACAACUGUCUCGACUGGCAGAACUCCGCACCAAGAGCCCUCCAUCGUCUUACGCAUCCACUCCAGUUGGAAACAAUUCGAUGCUCGGUUCACCAGCGCCAGGCAUCACUCCGUCUGCCAGUUAUCAGUCUGGACUAGGUAUGCGGUCCUCGCCUGCACCUAUGGGCCAGCACCUUCAGAGUCAGCAGACCGGAAUCCUUCCUCCACCCCAGCAGCAGAAUGGUCCCCGUGGGCCUUUUGCACCUGUUCCCGCCAAUCAAGCAUUAUUGCAGCCGCUCAUUCCUACGCAGACAGGAGCUACUGGCUUCGUCCCAACUCGGCCAGCAAGCGCCACGAGCCCCUUCCAACCUCAACCACAACAACCAUCUUUCCUUAAUACUCAGCCAACUGGCUUCCCCGGUCCAUCUCCAGUAUUGUCGCAACCGACAGGCUUCCCUAACCAGGCACCUAUGAUGUCUCAGCCGACGGGCUUCCUUACUCAAGGCCCUUUGUUCUCGCAGCCUACCGGAUUCUCAGGGUCCUUCGGCCAGGCCCCCACAUUCCAGAACAAGAGCGGCUUUGGCAUGCCGCAGUCAGCUCCCAAUGGGUUCAGUGGGUUUGGGCAAGCUGCGUCCCCGCCACCGGCGCCGAAUGGCGGGCUGGCUGUUAAAGAUACGUCCCCCGCCAAUAUUUUCGCGCAGAUGAAGUCAGGCACGUUUGCUUCUGGCAACGAUGCCGGGAAUCCGCAGCCAGCAGAUAAAUAUGACGCUCUGCGUCCCGCACCCCCAUUGACUAUGCAACCUACAGGUUGGGGCUUCCAGACAAACGGCUUCCAAGGGUAUACCGGAUACCAGCGUUGA